AUCAAGUGCACCUCCAAGCAAUGAAUUUGAUCGAGAUCAAACCGUUUGGAAGACCAUGACCUGAAAAUAAGACAAUUUUUGAGAAAAUGAGAAAAGCGUUUUUGAAUGGUAGAAAGACUACGUAGCAAGUUAAGAAGAGGUGAAAGUGUAGACAUUGAAGAAACAAAGUCAGAGGUCAUAAUGGGUGAAGAAUCUUCAUCCCGUGGCUCAUACAGCAUUAUUGCAGGGGUGGUCAUGCUGUACUGGGCCGUGUCGAUUUCAUUGGUAUUUCUUAACAAAACCAUUCUCAGUGGAUCAUUUGGCGACGAAGAACUGACAAUCUUUUCUGCCUGGUUUCAGAGUAUGGUGGCCGUUGGAUUUAUUUUGAGUAUCAGGUACGGCUUCCACAGGUGUGGAGUGCAAGCAAGAGUACCGAAGAUUGAACCAGAUCAUUUAUACUCAAAGACAAUGCUCAUGUUAUCAAUGAGUUCCGUAUGUGGAUUAACGUUUAAUAAUCUUAUGUUGAAACAUAUUGGCGUUGCUUUUUACCAGGUUGCGCGAUCAUUUACAAUAAUCUUUACGAUAGGAUUAUCUGCCCUUGUCCUUGGACAAGGAUUGUCUUUUAGAGCUGUGAUAUCGUGUUUUCUUGUCGUUUGCGGAUUCUUUGUUGGCAUAGACCAGGAGGAUGUCUCUGGGACACUGAGUGUUCUCGGAGUCAUAUACGGAAUACUUGCUAGCUUAUCGGCAGCCAUUUCCGGAAUUCUUUUCAAAAAAGCUGAGUCACUCUUAGAUGGAGAUUCGCUUAAAUUAGCAUAUUAUAAUAACCUCAACUGUAUGGUUAUAUUUCUGCCACUGUGUCUAGGAUCGGGCCAGUUCUUUGCAGUGCUUCAUUCAGAUUUGAUAUACCUGCCAAAAUUUUGGUUCAUUUUACUGAUAACGGGUUGCCUUAGUUUAGCUAUAGGUUGGGUAAGUGCUCUGCAGAUCAAAUACACGUCGCCCAUAGCGCAUCAUUUAAGCAUCAAUGCAAAAUCUGUGGUGCAAACAGUACUGGCUGUUUUGUUUUACCAGGAGUCAAAGACGCUGUUCUGGUGGUUAGGAAACUUUCUAGUUGUGGCUGGAGUACUCAUGUAUACGUUAACAAAAAUCUUACAAGAUGCACGGAGGCUGCAGAGCAUGAUGGGAAGUAUGGAACUACCAGUGAAAAAACCAAACCAAGCCAUAAAUGGUCGUGUUUAGUUACGUGAUAUUUCAUAAAACAUCUACAGUUUUAAGGUAUUUGAAGGUGAAGGUCUGUAAAAUGGAAAAUUAAAUUUUGUUGGCUGCGGUCAAAAUUUUUUGGAUAGAGUAAAUACUCUGAAUAGUUUACAUAUAUUAAUUUUUGUCUUAAAAUAAGUUUACUAUAUUAUGUUUUUUAUUGUACCAUCAAUCUAAAAUUUUAGCUUGGAAGUGUUAUUCGUUGCUUGUUGUUGUUUUUUUUCUCAUUUUUAUUUGACAUGUAACUUAUAUCUCCACAUAUUUCCAAUGAAAUAUACAUUUAGCCAUGUGAUAUUUCAGAAAUGAAAUGAUAAAAAAUAAUUAUAAAACUGUUCUCCAAAACGGGGGCAAUUUAAGAAAGCAUUUUCUUUUAAAGGGACCUGCCUCCAAGUAAGUAUCAUUAUAUCUAGCUUAACAUGUAAUAAAUAUGAAAUAUCAUUUAAGUCAGUCUUGUUUAAAGUUGAUAAUUUAUAUUUAAAGUUUGUGAUGUAAUUUACAGCUAAUUUUCUUUCAUCUUUACAUCACAAUAUUGUAUUUCGUUUUAGAGAACACUUUUACAUAAUUUAAAGGUAUUGGAAGUUAUAUGUUUGUAAUCAGUCAUUUGUUACUUUAUAUUUAUGAUUACUGAAUAAAGAAAGCAAUUUCUACUUCUCUUAAAAGUUUGAGCUAAAUCUGGAGGCAGGCCCCUUUAAAGUAAGACCUUAGUAAAAGGUAAGAUAAUGUAUGAUACUGAAUUCAGUAAAUCAGUUUUAUUUUUGUGUAAGACAUUCCAAUCAGUUGAAAAUUCUUGGCAACUUUUUAUCAAGUAAGAAAGUCAUUUGUCCUGCAGACCUGAUUCAUGUGGAGAAGUUGUCACUUACUUGUGGAGACAUUAAAAUCAGUAUAAGAAUCCAGGAACACUAGUUAGGUUAUUAACUGACCAUCAUCACAUGACUGAAAUACUGAUGAAAAUAUGAGCCCCGCCAUGAGAAAACCAACAUAGUGCAUUUGCGACCAGCAUGGAUCCAGACCAGCCUGCACAUCCGCGCAGUCUGGUCAGGAUCCAUGCUGUCCGCUUUCAAAGCCUAUUGCGUUGGUUUUCUCGUGGUGCGGCUCAAAUGUAAAAUCAGUAUCAGACGAAUUGAACAGAGAACUUCGGUCAAGUUUCAUUUUUAUAGUGGCUAGCCUCAUUUAAAAUAUAGAAUUUGUGCUGCAUACUUUUAAAGUAAUAAAUAUUGAGACUUCUAAAGGGCAAAAAAAUAGAAUGUGCCACAUUAAACUACAUGUACUUUUAAAAUAGUGUAAUUAUGAUUUUCUGUGUACCUGUUGUAGUUAUUUUUUUAUAUAUUUUUAAUGAUUUUAGAAUUUUUAAAUGAGAUUAUUGAAUACCUGUCAUUUAAAGGCUUCUAAUUUCUAUGAGACUGAAGGCCAUUUAUUGUAGUACAUUGUAUUUGUUUUUGAAUUAUUGAUUUUUGCCUGCAUACAGUAUUCCUCUGUAUAAAUGCCCACACCCCCACGCCCUUACCCAACACAGACACACUCUUGUUUUGCACACAUAAAAAGGGAAACUUUUGUUGUUAAACAUGAAUACCAGUGUUACUUGGGUAGAAAUUGUAAACAUUUGUUCAUUAGAAGAAACAGAAAUUUUUAUUUGUAUUCUUUUUAGCAUUUUUAUGAAAGAUUAAUGGUAUUUCAGUUUCAUUCAUUUUUGUUAGGUCAGAUAUCAACGAGGAUAUAUAAAGAUUAAGAAAUGACUUGUUAUAGCACUAAGGGUAAUUUAUAAUAUGAAUAGCAUACGUGUCAGUUAUGAAAAAUAACUCCAUAUUUUGGUAUGUAUGGUGUUUUUAUUCUACCUUCAAGUGCUGUUGUUUAAAGCUAACUUGAACUUUGUUCAGGGUUAGCUAUUAAUAUAGGUGGAUGGUCUGGCAUGCAUCGUCCUGCAUCCAUCAUCCUAUGUAAACAUCUUCUCAGAAAUUACUGGUAAUUGCUUGGUCCUUUUAGAGGCUGCCAGAGCAAAAUAUAGAAGAAAACCUUUAAAUGACUUCUUCUUGCGAACCAAUCGAUGGAUCUUCACCAAACUUGGUCUGUAGCAUCUUUGUAUGGACUUCUUACGUAUUUGUUCAAAAGAUUCUGCUUGGCUGCUUUUAGGGGCUGGCACAGCAGAAAAAGAAAAAAGCCCUUUAAAUGAAUCACUUGAUGGCUCCACAUCAAACAGGGUCAGAAACAAGGUCAUGAUCCUCGUUAGAUGAGCGACUUAGGCCCAAUUGGGCCUCUUGUGUACUUUUCUUCUGGAGAGUAAAAAUUGUAAUUGUUAAACAUAAUCAAGAGUGGUAACAGUUCUAAUACAGUAGUUAUAUAAACAUGAAGCACAGUUGAUCAUUGAUCAAUAUUGCCUGUGAUCCUUCAUUGUUAAUCACAUUAUAUAAGGUGAUGAUUUAAGUGAAUGAGAAAAGAAUCACAUUCCAACAGAAAUUGUUUGUUUAGGGUAAUGUCUUCAAAUAUGUGUAGGUUGGAUAUGUUUUUAGCUCAACUAUACAAUAUACAUUACACAAAGUAUAUGGAGAGUCAUCCUACUUGACCCAGUGCUGGCGUCAGCGUCCGUUCUACGUCCACACCUUGGUUAAAGUUUUGGUGCACUUUCACUUUACAUAAACUUUAAAUAGUUAUUCCUCAUCCUCAAACUCAUAUGACACAAGGGUGAUAAUUCUUGAACCAACAUUUCAUUAAUUAUCCUCCCUUAUUACUUAGAAUUUCAGGUUAAAGUUUUGGUGCACUUACACUCUGUCUCAGUUAUACAGAAGAGAGUUGAGCAGCGCCAUGAGAAAACCAACAUAGUGGGUUUGCGACCAGCAUGGAUCCAGACCAGCCUGCGCAUCCACGCAGUCUGGUCAGGAUCCAUGCUGUUCGCUUUCAAAGCCUAUUGCAAUUAGAGAAACAGUUAGCAAACAGCAUGGAUCCUUACCAGACUGGGCGGAUGUGCAGGCUGGUCUGGAUCCAUGCUGGUCGCAAAACCCCCAUGUUGGUUUUCUCAUGGCACGGCUCAUUUGAUUAAAACUAUUAAUUGUUCCACAUCAUCACCCAUUUCAUAUGAAACAAGGUCCAUAACUCUGGCACUAAUGUGUUUUCAAUUAUGUCCCCUUUUUGCUUAGAAUAUCAGGUAUAAUAUGUGAUUCACUUUUGCUCUAUCACAGUUAUUACUAAAUAGAUUUGAUUCAAACUUGAAAUAGUUGUUCCACAUUUUUAGCCACAUGAUACAACACAUGGUGCAUUAUUCUUGCGGAAAUUUUCCAUGAAUUAUGUCCCUUUUAUACUUAGUUAAUGUUUUGAUACGCUUUACCUCUGUUGUUGUUAUUUCUAAAUACAUUUGACACAGACUUAAACUGUUGUCUAAUAUCUUUAUCCACAUUGGAGUCCUUAACCACUCUAGUGACAGCUCCAGCUUCCUCAGCCAAGUUUCCCUACCCAGCACCAGUCUCCAGUGACAGCUCCAGCUUCCUCAGCCCAGUUUCCUUAUCCAGCACCAGUCUCCUGUGACAGCUCCAGCUUCCUCAGCCCAGUUUCCCUACCCAGCACCAGUCUCCUGUGACAGCUCUUGUUGAAAUCUUAUAAUUAGUUACUUGUAUACUUGCCUAAUUGACAGAAAUAAGUGCCAUUUAACUGUUGCUUUUUUCAACAUUUUAUAUUUUUUGCAAUGCCAUAUAUUUUAACCUACGCAUUUUUAGCUCACCUGUCACAUAGUGACAAGGUGAGCUUUUGUGAUCACCCUUCUUCGUCUGUCCGUCCGUACAUCCGUCAACAAUUUCUUGUCUGCACGAUAGUGGUUUCAUUUAUGAUUUUAUUUUAACCAAACUUGCACACAACUUGAAUCACCAUAAGAUCUCGGUUCCUUUCUUGAACUGGCCAGAUCCCAUUAUGGGUUCCAGAGUUAUGGCCCCUGAAAGGGCCAAAAUCAGCUAUUUUGACCUUGUCUGCACAAUAGCAGCUUCAUUUAUGAUUUUAUUUUAACCAAACUUGCACACAACUUGUAUCACUAUAAGAUCUUGGUACCUUUCUUGAACUGGCUAGAUUCCAUUGUGGGUUCCAGAGUUAUGGCUCCUGAAAGGGCCAGAAUUAGCUAUUUUGACCUUGUCUGCACAAUAGCAGCUUCAUUUAUGAUUUGAAUGUAAUCAAACUUGCACAAAACUUGUGUUGUCAUAAGAUCUCAGUUCCUUUGAUGAACCGGCCAGAUCCCAUAAUGGGUUCCAGAGUUACGGCCCCUGAAAGGGCCAGAAUUAGCUAUUUUGACCUUAUAUGCACAAUAGCAACUUCAUUUAUGAUUUGAUUUUAUCCAAAAUUGCACACAACUUGUAUCACCACAAGAUCUUGGUUCCUUUCUUAAACUGGCCAGAUUCCUUCAUGGGUUACAGAGUUAUGGCCCCUUAAAGGUCCAAAAUUGGCUAUUUUGGCUUUUGCAGCCAUAUAGAGACUUCAUUUAUGGUUUUAUUUGAUACAUAUUUCCAAAAUAUCGUCAACAACAAUAAAUCUUGGAUUCCAUGACAAAUCAGAUCUAAUCGUAGGUUCCAGAGUUAUUUUAUAUCUGAUUACCUCCCCUGAUUGUAGUCAAAAUGGAUUUAUAUCAGUAAGUACUUAUAGGACUUAUUUGAAAUUUCAUUAUUGUCAUUAGUUGGACUGAGCCAAUCAGGGUAGAUAACUACGGACUGAUUUUAUUUCAAAUUACCUCCCUUUAUUUCAAACUAAAAUGGGUAUAUCUCGGUAACUAAUGAAGAUACUGAUCUGAAAUUUCAUUAAUGUCAACAGAUUUAUUUGGCAGAUCCUUCUUUUGUUCACUUACAAUAAUUUUCUUUUUAAUUACUUCCCUUUUACGUUACUAUUAAUAGCUCAUUUUUAGUAACUUUUUUAUUAGUGGCCGUAGGGAAAAACCGAGACCACUUUUCUGUGGUACAACAUGGAUGGUAGCGCCAAUUUUUAGGUGUAUUUUGACAUAUCUGUACCUUGUAAGAAUUUGUUUUUUCUUAUUGGUUAAAUUUCUUUCCUUUGUUGUUCCUGUCAUUUGGACAUAGAUAUUUUUUCUGAGGACCUUGUCCUCAAAUGCAAUGAUAGCAGGUGAGCGAUAUAGGGCCAUCAUGGCCCUCUUGUUAGUUUAUAAUACUACACAGAUUAUUGAGAGUGCAUGGAAGGUGAAGAUGCAUCUUUCACUAAAAUAUUUUUAUCAUUCAAGGUCCGGAAUGCACAUUUAAUGUUUUUGACUUUGCAACAUAUAAAAGUACCUGCUUUUUAAAUGUCACCUGCUAGUUUCAUGUACAAAGUCAUGGUUAGUUACCGUAAACAUUUAUGAAGUGUGUACAAUUAUAUUAUGUAACAAGCAACACUGUUUAUGCACAAAAAACUGUAUAUUUCGUGUUUACAUAGAUGUUGUGUAGUAAUUGUUACCUUUUUAUCAAAUAUGAAAUAAGGGCAUAAAUUUAAUACAUCACAUCUUUAGACAUUAAUGUCACUUAUUUUAAAACUCUGAAAAAUUACAAUGGAACUGUAUAAAAUAUCACUAUUUUUCCAUAUUGAGAAGUCAGUUUUGUAUCAGGUGUGUGAGAUCAUUUGAGCUGACCAUGAGAAAACCAACAUAGUGCAUUUGCAACCAGCAUGGAUCCAGACCAGCCUGCGCAGCUGCGCAGUCUGGUCAGGAUCCAUGCUGUUCGCUAACGGUUUCUCUAAUUGUAAUAGGCUUUGAAAGUGAACAGCAUAGAUCCUGACCAGACAGCGCCGAUGCACUAUGUUGAUUUUCUUAUGGUGUGGCUCAAUUUUGUUAUGUCGCUUUAAUGUAUAUCUUUGUGUUAAAAAUGUCCAAUAAUCUUGAUAUUUUCAAUUUUACUGUAGCAAAAGAACAAAUGUAUAUAAUUUAAUUGUGUUAAUGAGUACCUUAGUUACCUUUGAAUAGAGAAAUAUGCACACUUUUUUGUGAAGUAUUUAUACUCUCCUAUGGUGGCCCAGUAUUUCUUCGGCAUAACUUGUGCACAUUUCUGUUUACAGUCUAAUAACCAAUGUAAACGCUUGUUCAUAAUAUUAUGUGAAAAUGAAAACACUGUGAUUUAGUUAGUUUUAGGCAUUGUUUGUAUAUAUAAAAAAACAACUUACGUAGUCUAUAAGUCACCACCUCGGCACAAAAAGUUGAUAACAGCUUUGAUAUAAAGAAGUUAUCCACGUUUUGCGCUGGGAUGGCGAAAUAUGUAGAAGAACUCCCUAACCCCAGAAGGUUACAACAGAAUUUGAUGCACAUUAUGAUAUGCUCUGCUAGUAUUAAUCAUUAAUUGAGCCGUGCCAUGGGAAAACCAACAUAGUGGGUGAGCGACCAGCAUGGAUCCAGACCAGCCUGCGCAUCCGCGCAGUCUGGUCAGGAUCCAUGCUGUUCGCUAACAGUUUCUCUAAUUCCAAUAGGCUUUAAAAGCGAACAGCAUGGAGCCUGACCAGACUGCGCGGAUGCGCAGGCUGGUCUGGAUCCAUGCUGGUCGCACACCCACUAUGUUGGUUUUCCCAUGGCACGGCUCAAUUUAUAAUUUCCUGUAAUAAAAAAUUAAUACUUUUGACAAAUAUCUGCAGACAUUCUGCUUUUAGUUCAACCGAGCAUGAAGUUCUGUUGCGAUCACUCCCCAUCCGUCCAUCCUCAUUUUUCUUCAGAAAGUGUCUCAGAAACCAUUCGAUAGAAGUUGAUAGAAGCUUGACCUGGAACCACCUUGACUUUUCAAAAAAGAAACGUGGCUGCCAGUAUUGGGUAGAUCUAGUUUUCUAUAUGUAGCUGUGUGAAAAAACUUUGAACAUAUUCUGCUCUGAAUCUGCAAACCAGUUUUCAAAAUUAUUUGGCAGAAACUAAAAUAUUAUACAUUUCGAAAGUGAAAUCAGGCUAAAUAUAAGUUUGGUAUUACAGUAGUCUAAUAAUUCACAUAAUUAUGUAAUAUCCUGUGGAUAUAUUGCAGAACCCUAGACUAUUUGAGUGGGAAAAUGCUACAAAACUCAGAUGUACUAGCCAUUAUCCUGCUAAAUUUCUAUAAUGAACUUGUCCAUCUUUCAAUUUGGAUAGUACCAUUAGCUGUUAAAAGGGGUGCUUACCUAAAGAUACUGACUGAAUGGUGAACAGUGCAGAUCAUGAUCAGACUUCAUGGAUGUGCAGGCUGAUCAUGAUCUACACUGGUCGCAAAGGCAGAAUCAGUCAUGUCCAGCAUGAUAAGGGCUAGUAGGUUGUAAGAUUGUAAAAUAAGUCCGUUGAAUAGGCUGAGUUAUAUACAUGGUGAUGAUCUAAAGGUUGCAAAUAUAAAAGAAAUAAAAGGAAGUGGAAAAUCAAAAUGUAAAUUUUAUUCACACGUCAAAUGCGGUUUUCUUUUAAAUGUGAGAAAAGAGUAAUAAAGUCGUGAAUUUAGAGCAAGGGUCAGUGACUCUGUUUGUAUCACUUACCAACAGCUAUAAAAAAAUAAAAUAUUUUAUAUAUUUUUUUAUUUCAAUUUCCGCUUAACAUUUUUACACAAGAUCACAGUAGAUUUUAACUUUCUUGUUGUACACAGUUUUCUUUUUUUAUACGAUAUCUUCAAAAAAAAAGUAAUGUUUAGAGUAGACAGUAUUUGAUGACUGCAGAUUGUAACAGGUCGGGGAAAGUGGAACACACUCCUUUUAUUGCAAUCUAGUUCAAGCUUGCUUUGUGGCUCAUUUCUGUAUGAAACAGAUGUUUAUGAAAUGACUUCUAUUACGCAUUCAUUGAAGUGCAAUACACAUUUUACUUGUAAGAAAGAUAUAUCGUUUUGAAGUUCAGUAUGUUGUCAUGUGAAAUGGGAAAUUAGAAUUUUAUGGUUGAAUCUGCAUAAGAAUACACAUCAUUAACCUGGUAUCUGCACACAUGUCAGUAUACCGUUAUUUAUUGAUAAUGGUGAAAUGAGCCUUGGGUAAUUGUUUUAUGCAUAGCUGCACAGGUAAACAUUAGAUAUGUAUGGAGUUUAUUUUAAAUUUUCAAUAAAUAAUGUAACAGUGAAUUUGUAAUAAAAAAUUUACAAACACAGAUGGGCAGAAAUGAGCCAUAGGGUUAAGUGUAUAUUUAACGGCAUUUAUCACACAAGUAAAUGCUCAGAUGACGCCCUAAGUUCGAAAGACUUCUAAAUCUUACUCUUUAUAGAGAAACUAGUCAUGAUAAAAACAAAGUGUUUUAGGGUUUGCAUGUUUAAGUAUAAUAUAUAGAUACUGUUAAGACUGUGUUAGCGACUACCUGUAUUAAGCAGUCCUCUGGCGGCAAGUGAUUUUGCCUUUGCGACCAGUGCAGACCAAGAUCAGCCUACAAAUCAUGGUCUGCACUGUUCGCUAUUCAGUCAGUAAAUUUUCAGUGAACACCCCUUUAAAUAAUAAAUGGUACUGCCCAAAUAGAAAGAUGGACCAGUCCAUUUUAGAAAUUUAGCAGGGUAAUGGUUAAGCGGUCCUCUGCCUUAAGCAGCCAGAUUGUGUUGUUCCUUGGCUGGCUACUUAAUACAGGUUUGAUUAAGUACAUUACUAGACUGGUUAGUGUUUAUAAAAUUGAAUUAAUCAGAAUUGUAAAUCAUUUCUACUUAUUUGAUUUAUUAAUGGUAGGCAAAACUGAAUAUAAGACAAGUCUACAAAAUAUGCGACUUAAGUAAAGGUAUCCAUCAGUUUUGCCAGACUGCUGUGACUGGGAGGUAAAAAGGCUGAUGUCGAACGUGCAGGCUGAUCUUGAUCUGCACUGGUCGCAAAGGCAAAAUCACCUGCCGACAGAAGGCAAAAGGUUAACGGAUCAGGACCUGAUUCACAAUAUGUAGAUUUUUUCAAAUGUACAGAAAUCCUUGACAAAAAAAAAUAGUUGCCUUAUAAAUUCACUUAAAUUUUUAUUUCGGUAGUACUGGUAUUAAGUAUCUAAGGAUUUAAGUGAGAAAAAUCUUAGGAAAUGAGGGUAAAUAUUGCGAUAUUUGACUCUUAAACAUGUUAAAAUUUGUGAAAAUAAGAUGAUCGCAAGUAGUUCCUGAUCUAGUGUUCCCAAACAACUUACAUAUGAAAAGAAUUGAAACCACUGUCUUACCCUUGCAUAACCAUACAGGCAACUAUUAAGUGUCAGAACACAUGGUUUUGCUUCAUAUCUGAUUCCAACAGAUUUUUUAUUCCAUACCUCAUAUAUAUUUAUUUUGAUGUAAAUGAGGUUUGUAAAGAAAAGUUUUAGUCUUGUUUGGAGCCAUAAUAGUGUGUACUAAAUUGGUCUGCCAUAAAAUGCAAAUCAAAUUGAACCAAAUCAAAUAGUCUGCAAUAAUUAGAAGGUAAACUGUUGUGGUUAUAGUUAUAUUACUUAGAGCUGCCACAUUUCUCUGUGUUAAAGGUAUUGGACCCAUACUGACUAUUCAUCAAAUUCCAUUGGAUUACAUAUUCUUAUAUGUCAUUUUGACAUGCUUCAGUUGUUAACAUAGCUCUUAUGAGCACAGGACUUUCUAGGGGCCUCCGUGGCCUAGUGGUUAAGGUCGCUGACUUCAAAUCACUUACCCCUCACCGAUGUAGGUUUGAGCCUCACUCAAAGCGUUGAAUUCUUCGCAUGAGGAAGCUGUCUAGCUGGCUUAUGGAAGGUCGGUGGUUCUGCUCAGGUGCCCGCCCUUGAUGAAAUAAUGCAUGGAGGGGCACCUGGGGUCUUCCUCCACCAUCGAAGCUGGGAAGUCGCCAUAUGGCAUAUAAUUGUGUCAGUGUGACCUUAACCUGACGAAAAAAACAGGACUUCCUUUAGCACCGUGUAAUUUUUUUGCGGAAGUCAGGUACUGAUGAUAUGAAGAAUAUGUAUACAAACGAAAAAUAUAAAUUGUUGUUAUGGGUCCGCUACCUUAAGAUUGGUAAAUUGACAUAAAUUGCACUGAUGCAACUUGUGUUGAUUUUAAUUUUUCUGUAACUUCUAUUUCAAAGUUUGUUUAUGUUGUGCUGUAAAUAAUUCUUUUAGCUGUUAUUUAUUAUUUUUGCAUUUGCAUUUUUUUUUUUUUUUUACCUGUUUAUUGUAAAUACUGGCUUGAGUACGACAAGGUUAUUUUGUUAUUCAGAAUUUUUUUUUUUUGUGAUGUAUAGGGAAUACAUAUGUGACACUAGAUUGAAUGCAAGAUUGUCAAAGAUAUGUAUGUCUGUAUAACAUAUUCUACAUGUUGAAUAUAUUUUGUGCGACAGCUGUUUUUGAAGUGAUGAAAUGAUUGUUGAAAAUGAUAUUAAAUCUGAUAAAACAAAAAUCAUGAUAUUUAUCCAUGUAUUGACUAAAAGUGAAGUUUACACAUUCCACGUUUAUCCUGAAAGUGAUUUUAUUAGCAACCUUAAAUGGCAACUAAAAGUAUAGGCAAUGCAAACUGAAUUGUCAACUUUAUAGAAUUUUUGAUGUUCUCCAGAAACAGAGCCGGUUGAAUCAUUUGAGCUGCACCUUUAGAUAACCAACAUAAUGCAUUUGCGACCAGCAUGGAGCCAGACCAGACUGCUCAUCUGCGCAGUCAGGUCGGGAUCCAUGCUGUUUGCUAAUGAUUUCUCUAAUUGCAAUAGGCUUUGAAAGUGAAUAGCAUGGAUCCUGACCAGACUGCACGGAUGUGCAGGCUUCUCUGGAUCCAUGCUGGUCACAAAUGCACUAUGUUGGUUUUCUCAUGGUGCAGCUCAUAUUUUAUUACCAUUGUGCAGAAACUUUCAUGGCUCAGGCAAAAACUUGUAUUUUUGUAAGGACAUGAAUUUCAAUUUGUAGAGAUGGAAAAUUUGAUUAUUUGUCAGCAUUUAAUUUCAUGAUAAUUAAUCCGGAUUUGAUAGAUUGACAAACACCGAAUACAUGAAAAUUAGUUGGAAGCGGCUAUUCUUACGGUCCCAUAAGAAUAGCCUCGCAGGCUAUUUUUACGGCUCUCCCUUAAGAAUAGUGAAAAGUCCACAGGUGUCUGUUCCUACGUCUCUCCCGUACGAAUAUGAUUACUUCCAUUUGUUACAUAAACAAACAAUUUUAAUUCAACAAAUUUAUUGUAAGUGUAAAAUAAUUUUUUAACUGAAAUUUGUCUUCUAAAUAAAUCGGAAAACGAUUGUUCAUUGUACAGAUGUAGAUGUAAAUACAUAAGUUAUUAAUAUUGAAACAGUAAAAAAAUGUUUACCAAGUAUUUUCAGCUAAACCAGUUAGAGAAUUAUUGUUCUAUGUUUCGUGUAUAUACGUCCAAAUGUUUCACAAUAGUACAAAUCUCUUACCACUCUAAACAUUUUUAUUGCCCUUUAAUUUAGUUUUAUACUUGACGUUUGUCACACAUCAGCUUGACAUGUUUGCAUCAAUUCAGACCUGACAUUUUAUUUUAACACUAUGACCAAAUGUGAUUACAUUUCAUUUCCGAAAUCGGUUGAAAAUAUAUCAGUUGAAUGACUUCAGUACAAUGUAUUGUCUUACAAAACUGCCGUAGGAAUAACCACCUGCGGGUUUUCACUAUUCUUACAGGAAGAGCCGUAAGAAUAGCCUACGAGGCUAUUCCUACGAGACCAUAAGAAUAGCUACUUCCAAAUUACUUUCCUAUGAAUAUUGAUCACAUCACGUGGGAGAAUGUUCUCCGUUAUGAUUUGAUAAAAGACAUUGUGUCUGAAAGCAUUCACCCUCCACCUCUGAUUCAUGUGGGGAAGAAGGCAGUUGGUUUGUACUGGUAGAGAAUCCAGGAAUACUUGUUAGGUUAAGUUCAUAACUGAAGUACUGUUGAAGAACAGCGUUAAACCCAAAACAAACGAACAAAACUGACUGGUCAAUGAUGUAUUGAUCCAUUAUGUAUAUAUGAAGUCAUAUAACUAUAUAUACUACUUAUUUUAUCAGAACAAUUUCUAUGUUUCUGUGACUUGAAGUUCACUGUUAAAAUUGAUGAAUAAAAUUUGUCUAAAAUUUA